UAGCCCGCCUGAUUCAUCUCAAGUCCUGCCAGGUUGGUCUCUCCCCUUGGAUUGUGGUUCAUGCCCUUGGGAUCGAACAUUCCGGCUUUGAUCUCGAACCGUCGUCAGCCCAGACCUGAUUGAGAGAUCAUCGAGAUCCAUCCAUCUAUUUGGCCCACCGACUCAGACGGAUUGCCGUGGGAAAGCACCGAAAGCACCCACGUGGUUUGGGCUUGUCGCCCUGAUCCGGGCCUGAUCAUCGCCAGCCGUGGUGCAACAUGGUAACUGAACAUCCGCCCACCUCGCCCCAUGCGGAUUCCACGGCAGGGCCGCCGGGUCAACCUGAAACGCCGCUUGAGCCCGUGGACGCCAUGGCUCGUUUAAAGAAGCUGGUCCAACAUCUGGGCCAAGGCCAGUCUCGACGUGAGCGUCAAGCGGCCUUUGAAUCGGUCUUGGCGGCUUGGCAACGCCCUGAUGUGGUGGCCAGCGUGCCCGAAAACGCCGUUAAGGCCCUGAGCCGGAUCCUACCAACGGUGAUAACGCGUUACUCUGAUUCAGUUUCACGGCAUUGGUCACUGAACCUGGCCCGUGUGCUGAUGCGCUCGCACCCGGAAGUGGCGGGUCCGGCCAUGUUGACCACCUUGAGCGAACUCACCGGACCGUGGGCCACCCUUACGCCCUCAACUGGUGGCGCCAAAACUGCGCUCUUUGCCCUGAAAUGGCUAGAAACCAUUCACCGGGGAUCCCCAUCCGGAUAUUUGGCCACUGACGGCGGUCGUCAACUCUUAGCGCUCGAGAGCGGGUUAUUUGUCAUUAUUUUAGGCUCGGGUUGUCAGCGGUUGGCUCAAUCUGCCCGGCACACCCUCGAGUCAACUUGGCAAGGCGUUCCAUUGCUCGAAAAGGACCUGGAAUCCGCGUUGACGUCCGCUGAGCUCUCGCUCGGCCUUUUAGUUUUGGGCUCGCAUGCCCUCGGUUGGCUCCACGCACGUCAAUCGGGCGCAGUGGUCCGUCUUAAGCCUCGGUUGCUUGAAGCCUUGGUCAAAUUGGUGGUGAGCGUCAAAAUCAAAGCUCAUCCCAAAAUAGUGCAGAAUAUCUCCCCGCUGUUGAAACUGACGACUCAUGAAGAAUUUCAAGGCACCUUGUUGCCCGCCAUGCAAAAAGCUAUGUUGAGAAGUCCCGAAAUCGUCCUCGAGUCGGUCGGUUACAUUCUCUUAGGCCUCAAUAUUGAUUUGAGCCAAUACGUGAAGGAGCUACAAAAACCCUUUGGUACCAAUCUUCACGCCAAAGAUGACGACACGCGGAAAGAUGCCGCUUUUGCUACCCAAUGCCUCGCCCAAGGAAUCACGGACGCGGACGCUCUGAGUACAUUGCUCCAAACCUUAUUUGCCGUUCUGGGUGGAUCCGAAGGGAAACUGACCGUGAACUCGCAAAAAGUCAGUUUGUUGGAAACAGCUGGAGGUUUAUCGAAGAAUGGCGUGUCCACUGGAAAUAUUCAACGCCCUUAUCUAAUUGCCGUGGAAUCUUUGACUAAGGUUCUAGAAACUGAGGUUCAUGAUGGCACAUUGAUCGUUACUUUGGAAAAUCUUGCCUUAUGGUUGACAAGAUAUCCGGUCGAGGUGCCGAUGCCGUUCUUCAACUGGUUUCCCAAAGGUCUGGAGCUCAAAUCAUCGACCACAGGCGUUCGAUGUUCUUACUUGCACACCCUAAGUCAAGGGCUCCAACAACAGAAUUCGAGCGCCUCCAAUGUGAGCGCUCUCAAACCAAUCCUCAUGAAAGUGAUCAAAGGGGCUGCAAAACAACCCGCACAGACCAACCUCUUGGCCGAAGGCAUCCAAGCUGCCAAUUGUUUGAUCAAGAUUUUGAGUGGGGCCAGUGAGUCGCCUGAAACUGAAGAGUUCUGGAAGUUGCUGCUCGAUCAUGAUAAGCUCUUGUUCACCAAUGACCGCUUCCUCCUUUCCGCCAAUGCAGAUGUGUUGCACAACUUAGCCGAUGUAGCUCAGAUUGUCCUCUCCGAGAAGGUCAUGGAGAUGGAGGGCAAGGAGAUCCCGUGGAUCCGAGCCCUAGCCUUGGCCAUGAUGACUAACUCCGGAGUGGCUAGACGUCACGCUCAGAGCAAAUGCCGGAAGCUCUUUGCCGGUUUGGGUGGAGAUAAAUUGGCCUCGGGACUUCUAAAUCAAAUCACAAGUUGGCUGGAAAUCGUGCCGGUCAAUAGCUCCAGCGCCAAAGACGGCGCAGAAGGUACAUCCAGCUUCAAACCUAAGUCAAUCAUUGAGUGCUUGACGUCCAUCGUUGGUGGUUGUGACCUGAAAGCCGAGCCGAAUAAGGCGCUCGACGUGGCCCAAAGUCUAUUGCUACCCGCUCAUCAUCCGGGUGUGUUUGAAUUGUUCCCGGGUUUAUGGGUUCAUCUUGUGCCAAAAUUGCAUUUGACCCCAGCCCAAUGUGUCAAGGAUUUCCAAGCGCUCUUGGACUUGUUCUCGGUUCACUACUUAGACGGGAAGAACGUGGAAUCGGUCCAGAACAUGUUCACCUCGCUCAUCAAGGCUUGUCCCGACCAAAUUGUUCCCGACUUGGUGAAAACGUUCGGACUCAAAGUUAAGAACCCGGAUUUGUCCAUUUCUGUUGAACAUUUGGAGAUCUUCAAGACCCCGGAAGGUGAACUCUUUGAUCAGAGAAUUAUGGAAAGCAUCUUGGCUGAUAACGACACAAAGAACGUGAAACGGGAAAACAAGGCCUAUUCAUACAAGGAGCAACUCGAGGAAAUAGCAUUGCGCAAAGAAAUUGAAGAGAAGCGCAAACGUGAAGGAACCUACGUGGCCCCCAAAUUGACCUCGAAGCAAAAGGACACUUUGAAGACCCACUUGGACAAAGAGGCCGAGAUUCGGAAAGAAGUGCAUGUCCUCAAGGAAUCGGUGGAUUACAUCAUGUGCAUCAUGAAGACAUGCGUUUCCAGCAAUCCCAAGGCUUUUGCAGGGUUCAUUUCGCCUCUUCUGGCUUCGCUUUUUGUUGCGUUCAAAUCGCCUAUUAUCGCAGCUGAUGCUUGUGAAGUUCUUCUGGCCUUGCGCCGAGGCGUGUUCGAAUCUGAAGAUGAGACCCUAGCCCAAGUGAUAGUGGCCUUGACCAUUCAGAUCAAGAAUCCGAGUUGUCCUCUGCCCAAUAGUUUGGCCUCCGAGAACGUGGCCGUGUCGGCCCGAGCCGUUACGGCCCAAAUUGGCGAGUCCACGGUCCUUUCUCUGGCUGUGGAAGAAGACAAUGCGUGCCCUUUCACGUGUCCGGCCUUUGCGUUCGCUUUUCCCCUCAUGGAAUAUGCCAUCAAGAAGAAUAUGGCCGAUGAGGAGUUUGUUGCCAAAGGAUGUGCUAUCAUGUCUGAACACGCUGAACUUCGAGGCGUUGGUGAUGAAGCUUCCCCUUGUGAACCAGACGAUCUUCAUCCGAAAUAUUUGCCUCGAUGCGGAAUGUUGAAACUAUUGUUGGAAAUCAUCGCUUCGGGGGCUGACGGCCGAACCCAGCAAGUGGCGGUACAAUGUCUGAUCGAAGUGGCUCAAUGUGCUUCCGGCAAACCAGGUUGCGCCCAACCCACAAGUGAGGAGAUUCAAAUCUUGUUAGGAGCUCUUCAAAUGGAACAAGAAGCGGCCCGAGAUUCCGGUCUGCGAGGAUUACGAGCCAUUGUAACUGCAUUUCCUUCCAACCACGACAGGUUGUACUCAGACAUUUUGAAACGCGUAUGGAUCGCUCGAUUUGAUCCAGUAACCGAAAAUGUUCAAUUGGCCGAUGAGUUGUGGGAGGUGGCGAAUUUCACGAUUCACUCGGAUCUUUCGGCUCAAGUAAUCGAGAACAUUACCCACCCGGUGAGUUGUGUUCGCUCUUCUGCGUCCGAAGCUUUGGCCAAACUCAUGGAGAAGGGUGAGAGCGACGCUGCGGUUAUUGUAACUAUGUUGCUUGAUACCUACCAAGACAAGCUCGAGAUGUCACCUCCGAUUGUGGACGAGUUUGGGAGGAUUGUGCAAAAGCCUGUGGACCAUUGGGAACCCCGCAGUGGUAUUGCCAUUGCCCUGACCCGAAUUGCACCAUUUUUUGACGUGAGCAUUGUGAAAAAUCUGAUCAACUUCUUAAUUCCGGAUGCUCUGGGUGAUAGAAACGAGAAAGUUCGUUCCGACAUGUUGAGUGCGGCCAAGAAGACCAUUGAGCUCCACGGCAAGGACUCCGUGGAUCAUCUUUUGCCUGUGUUCGAAGACUUUUUGAAAAAGGCCCCCUCUUCCGAGCAAUAUGAUGACGUGAGACAAGCUGUGGUCAUUCUCAUGGGUCUUUUGGCAAAACAUUUGGAACCCACCGACCCCAAAGUUAAGCCCAUCGUCAGCCAUUUGAUUUUGGCCCUGAAAACACCCUCGCAGCAAGUUCAAAUGUCUGUGGCCGAAUGCUUACCUCCGUUGGUCCCCGCCAUCAAGGAAAAAGCUCCUGAGUGCAUCACCAAUCUGAUAAACACUCUCCUCCGAGAAGACGUGUCUUAUGGCGAGCGAAAAGGUGCCGCCUACGGAAUUGCCGGUCUCGUCAAAGGCUUAGGCAUUCUAUCUUUAAAACAACUUGAGAUAAUGAAUAAACUCACCGAGGCCAUACAAAACAAGAAAAGCUCCUCUCACCGCGAGGGAGCCUUGUUUGCCAUCGAGAUGUUGUGCACCAUGCUUGGACGCUUCUUCGAGCCUUAUAUCGUCCACAUCCUGAAGCAUCUCCUGGUUUGCUUUGGCGACUCCGUGGACCAUGUUCGACGCGCUGCCGAUGACACGGCCAAAGCCGUGAUGAGAAAUUUGUCGCCUCAUGGUGUCAAGCUCGUACUACCCUCCUUAUUGGACGCUUUGCAAGAGGACAAAUGGCGGACCAAAGCCGGUUCAGUCGAAUUACUGGGUGCCAUGGCGUAUUGUGCUCCUAAGCAGUUGUCCUCGUGCCUGCCUCAGAUUGUCCCCAGAUUGAUUGAAGUGCUGAGUGACUCGCACAAUUUAGUCACGAAAUCCGGCGUCCAAGCUCUGAAGCAAAUCGGAUCGGUAAUCCGAAAUCCUGAGAUUCAAGCUAUUGUGCCCAUCCUGCUGAGGGCCCUACAGGAUCCAGCCAAGAAGACUGGACCUUGCUUGCAGACAUUGCUGAAUACGAAAUUCGUGCACUUCAUUGAUGCCCCGUCCUUGGCUUUAAUCAUGCCCGUGGUGCAAAGAGCCUUUCAAGAUCGAUCCACUGAGACAAGAAAGAUGGCUGCUCAAAUCAUCGGAAACAUGUACUCGCUAACAGAUCAAAAGGAUCUGAGUCCUUACCUCCCAGGCAUCAUUCCUGGUCUUAAGAACUCAUUGCUCGAUCCUGUGCCUGAAGUGCGUGCAGUCUCUGCCCGGGCUUUGGGCGCCAUGGUCAAAGGUAUGGGCGAAAGUAGCUUCGAUGAACUGCUACCGUGGCUCAUGUCCACAUUGACGAGUGAGACCUCAAGUGUGGAUCGUUCUGGAGCUGCUCAGGGUCUAUCAGAAGUGGUGGGUGGGCUAGGAAAAGAGAAGAUGGAGGAUUUGAUGCCUGACAUCAUUGCCACUGCGGCUCGAAUCGAUAUCGCUCCUCACGUAAAGGAUGGAUAUAUUAUGAUGUUCAUCUACAUGCCCACUGUUUUUCCCGAAGCCUUUACGCAGUAUAUCGGAGAGAUCAUCAGUCCGAUUUUGAAGGCCCUUGCCGAUGAAAACGAGUUCGUGCGCGAAACGGCUUAUAAGGCUGGACAGCGCAUCGUCAACUUGUAUGCUGAUUCGGCCGUGACGCUGCUCUUGCCUCAACUUGAAGAGGGUCUUCACGAUGAUAACUGGAGAAUUCGGUAUUCCUCCGUUCAACUUCUAGGCGACCUUUUGUACAAGAUUUCUGGAGUGUCUGGUAAGAUGAGCACCGAAACGGCCGGAGACGAUGACAAUUUCGGAACCGAGCAAUCCCAGAAAAUCAUCAACGAAAUUCUGGGCCCAGAAAGAAGGAAUCGUGUUCUGGCGGGCUUGUACAUGGGGCGUUCGGAUGUGGCUCUCAUGGUUCGGCAAGCCUCCCUUCAUGUCUGGAAGGUCAUUGUAAGCACCACGCCCAAAACACUGCGAGAGAUCCUGCCCACAUUGUUCAACUUACUCUUGGACUCGUUGGCCAGCAACUCAUAUGAUAAGAGACAGAUUGCUGCCCGAACCUUGGGUGAUCUGGUCAAGAAGCUGGGCGAGAGAGUUCUACCCGAGAUUAUACCCAUACUUGAGAGGAACUUGGAUUCUGAAGAACCUGGCAAACGACAAGGUGUUUGUGUCGGACUUUCAGAGAUCAUGGUAUCCACCUCCAGAGAGAUGGUGCUAACGUUUGUAGAUAGUCUUGUCCCGACCGUGCGAAAGGCACUCUGUGACGACCUCCCGGAAGUUCGUGAGGCUGCUGCCAAAACGUUCGACAGCCUCCACAACACUGUCGGAAAUCGAGCCUUGGAUGAUAUUCUGCCUCCGAUGCUUGAGCAAUUUGACGACCCUGAACUCCAUGACAACACUUUAGACGGCUUGAGACAAGUGAUGGCCAUCAAAUCUCGGGCGGUUCUCCCCUAUCUUGUGCCCCAACUCAUUGCUGUGCCAGUUAACACCAAGGCAUUGGCAAACUUAGCCCCUGUGGCCGGAGAAGCUCUUCAUCGUCACCUUUCCCGGAUUCUGCCCGCCUUACUUCGUUCAAUGGCGCAGAAUUAUGGGACUCUCCAUGAACAGAGGGAGCAAGAUUACGCCCAAAUCGUGAUUCUGUCUAUUUCCGACGAAGAUUCCGAUUUGGGGGUAAGCAUAAUUAUGGAGGAGCUUCUAGGUGGCUGCAAGUCCACGGAUCUGUCUCUCAAGCGCAGUGCGGCCACUCUUAUGCACGCCUUCUGCAGUGAAACCAAGGUGGACUAUUCACAAUACGUGCCUCAGCUGAUUCGAGCCUUGAUCCUUUUGUUCACAGAAGACGAUUCAGUGGUUCUCAAUCAAGCUUGGCUGGCCCUCUCGGCCGUGGUCAAGACUUUGGAUGUCAAUGAGCAGACGAAGCAUGUGGCUGACGUUCGACAAGCGGUUCGAUUUGCUCUCAUGGAUAACAAAAACAAGCCCACUUUGGCUGGAUUCUGUCUCCCCAAGGGAAUCCAACCCGUCCUACCGAUUUUUAGGGAAUCCAUCCUCAACGGCUCUCCGGAGCUUAAAGAGCAAGCUUCUAUGGGAUUGGGUGAAGUGAUUGUAGUGACCAGUCCCGAGGCCUUGAAGCCUUCUGUGGUUCACAUUACAGGUCCUUUGAUCCGUAUCUUAGGCGAUCGAUUCAGUGCUGCGGUGAAAGUGGCCGUUUUGGAUACCCUGGCUUCCUUACUGGAUAAGGCCAAAGAUCUCUUGAAGCCCUUUUUCCCACAACUUCAGACCACAUUUAUGAAAGCCUUGAAUGAUGCCAACCGGUCCGUGAGACUCAAAGCAGGCAUUGCCCUGAGCUUCCUGAUCACCAUUCAUAUGCGACCCGAUCCCAUCUUCAACGAACUUCAAAACGGAGUCAAGAACGCAGAUGAUGCCUCCUUACGGGAUACUUACAUUCAGGCUCUUCGAGGUUGCAUUGAACCCGCGGGCGAGAGGAUGAGCCCUCCCAUUCGCAAAGGUAUCCUGCAACUCCUCAACUCUAUGUUGGCUCAACCCGAGGAUGUCACACGCACUUGUGCGUCCGGUUGUCUGGGAGCCUUCUGUCGUUGGUUGCCCAACGAUGAGCUUCAAAGUGUGGUGGAGGACAAUCUUCUAAAGGACGAUUCCUCCCUGGAUUGGACCCUUCGCCAUGGUCGGUCUAUUCUUCUGUAUGUUACCCUGAAAGUAGCGCCGGAUCGGGUUUAUACCGAGGCCAAUGCUCCCAAAAUGAUAAAGGUGAUCCUGAGUUACUUGUCCGCUGAUCGGAUUCCCAUCGCCGAGAAUGCCGUCCGUGCCAUUGGGUAUUUGUUUCACUUUUGUCUCAAGUCUGGACAGCCGAUUCCUACCGACCUGAUCUCGCCCUUCUGUCGAGCCAUGAACCAUGCCAGCAAUGAUGUGAAACAACUCGUGCCCAAUGUCGCCGAUUUUCUGGCCAAGGCUCAUCCUGAGAUUUUGCCCAAGGAUAUCUUGAAGCCUUUGCUCCCCACUUUAGUGAACGGAACCAAAGAAAAGAACUCGGCAGUUCGAUCGUCGAGUGAGAGCGCAUUAGUGUCAGUCAUGAAAAUGAGGAAGAGCAAUGCAGGAAAGGCCAAGUGUUUGGAGGUUCUCGAUUCGGGUGCACAAGUUUCAUUGAAUGAAGUCAUCGGAAAAGUGUUGGGCAAAGUUGCCAGUCAACCUGAGGGCAAGGAGGAGGUUAUUGACGCCACCAUCUUGUGUUGAGGAUUAAAAUAUUUGCAAUUGAGGACAACAGCCCAGGUGUAAAGAGAUUGUGAUGAAUAAAAUCCUUGAACAGA